CGUGCAGAGCCCGGCUGUGCCUUUUCCAUCUACAGUGGCGCCAGCACUGCGGAGCCCGAGCUCGGGUCUCCAUUGGCAAACCCGGACUAGCUUCACCCCAAUUUUUUUUCCUCCUCCCCGCAUUUAUUUUCUUUACUCCCCCUUCUUCAUUUGCAUCUUCUCCUGCAUUUUUAAAACCUCCAAGAUGGUGCAGAAGAAAACAGAACUCAAAGGUUUCCACCGUUCCUUUAAGGGCCAGAACCCCUUCGACUUCGAAUUCUCCCAGUCCACUCACCUGGAUUCUGUCUUCAACUUCGAAUGCCCCUCUCGGCCCGACAUGCCUUCGAGUCAGCCCAUCGACAUCCCCAAUGCGAAGAAACGAAACAAAAAGAAAAAACGCUGUCGGGCCACAGAUAGCUUUUCCGGAAGGUUCGAAGACGUUUACCAGCUACAAGAAGAGGUCCUCGGAGAAGGGGCUCAUGCGAAAGUGCAGGCCUGUGUUAACCUCAUUACCAAUAAAGAGUAUGCCGUGAAGAUUAUUGAGAAGCGUCUCGGACACAUCCGGAGCAGGGUCUUCCGGGAAGUAGAGAUGCUGUAUCAGUGCCAAGGACAUAGGAACAUCCUGGAGCUGAUUGAGUUCUUUGAGGAGGAAGACCGGUUCUACCUCGUGUUCGAGAAGAUGCGAGGAGGUUCCAUCCUAACUCACAUCCAUCGCCGCCGCCAUUUCAACGAGCUGGAGGCCAGUAUGGUUGUGAACGACAUCGCCAGCGCCCUAAAUUUCUUGCACAACAAAGGAAUAGCACACAGAGAUUUAAAACCAGAAAAUAUCCUUUGUGAAAGCUCCAAUCAGGUUUCGCCCGUGAAAAUCUGCGAUUUCGAUCUAGGAAGCGGGAUCAAGCUGAACGGCGAUUGCUCACCCAUCUCCACUCCAGAGUUGCUCACCCCGUGCGGCUCGGCUGAAUACAUGGCCCCGGAGGUUGUGGAAGCGUUCAACGAGGAAGCCUCGAUCUACGACAAGCGCUGCGACUUGUGGAGUUUGGGGGUCAUCCUGUACAUCAUGCUGAGCGGCUACCCGCCUUUUGUGGGCCACUGCGGGACCGACUGCGGCUGGGACCGCGGCGAAUCGUGUCCCGCUUGCCAGAACAUGUUAUUUGAAAGCAUCCAGGAGGGGAAGUACGAAUUCCCCGACAAGGAUUGGGCUCACAUCUCUUUCGGAGCCAAAGAUCUCAUUUCCAAGCUGCUGGUCAGGGAUGCUAAGAAACGCCUCAGCGCAGCCGAAGUUCUGAAGCACUCGUGGGUGCAAGGGUGUGCUCCGGAUAACACGCUCCCAACCCCGAUCAUUCUUCAAAGGAACAGCUGUGCCAAAGAGCUGACGUCCUUUGCGGCCGAAGCCAUCGCCGUCAACCGCCAGCUGAUGCGGGACGAGGAGGACGAGGCUGCCGCGGAGUCGCACCCCCCCAUCAUCAUCAAAGCUACCUCACGCUCCAUGCAGCUCUCCCCGCCGUCAGAGUCGAAGCUGGCCAAGCGGCGGCAGAAGACGAGCAUGGCAAAAUUGGACGCCAACCAGCAUCUGGUUACCCCGUUGGUCCUGGUGGGGGGAGAUCACAUGUGAACGCCCCCCCCUCCC